AGGAACCACUGAAGAUCUCUUCCAAGAUUCAGAAGGACAGGAGGGAUCUGAGUUACCUGAACACCAGUUUUCAGACUUGGAAGAGUCUGAUGACGAUGAUGACAAUGAUGAAGAAGAGGACGAGGAGGAAGACGAGGAAGAGGAGGAAGAGGAAAACCAAGAGGAAUCACUUGGAAAGCCUUUGGAAAUGAAGAACACUCCUCUUCCAGGGAACCCUCCAAGAAGUUCUCUCUCUUCCCAGGAGAAAGGCACCAAGACAAGCUUGUCCACCGUGGAAGAUAUUCCCUCUGGCAACGAGAGUACUGUUUGGUGUUCCCAGGCUGCCUCCUUAGAGCCUGAAAUGAAAUGGUCAGCUGACAGCUGUGAAGUUGCUGUGUGCCACAGCUUGCUAAGACUUCACCGACCAGCUCUGUCCUCCAGUGCGCUCUCAACUUCAGCUGAGAAGGAAUCUGUUAGAAGACCGCAGAUGCUCUUAGCAAUGGAUUUGUCCGUCUCCAAAGAUAUCACGCCUAGCAGGAAAGGUUCCCCAGGCAAGGACUCUGGGGUUAGCAGUAGUGGAAACAACCGGUCCUUGGCUCGAAAGCAUCCGUUAACCAAAAAUGAAACUUCACCAAAAAGAAUGUCAUACACUGGAGAAAUGCCCUCCAGUCACCAAUCUCUGAGAGAGUCAUUUCUCCUCUGUAAUUCAUCACCAAGACUUGAGAUCUCACCCAGCAGAUACUUUUCCUCAAAGAGAGAGCUCUCGUCCCCCUUAUACCUUCCACCAGCAAGAGGGGUUUCUCCGGUGAGAUGCAUCUCUCCAAACAGAGAAACGCCAUCAUCCAGAUACUUAUCUCUGAAGAAAAUGCUGUCCCAGAGCUACUCGGAGCCACCUUCACGGUAUCCAUCCCCAGGAAGAGAGGAUAUGCCUUCUCGUAGCCAAGUGGCAGUCAAUGAAAAAGGACAAAGCUUACGUAAAUCUCCGCAUGGGAUAUCAUCUCCAGUGCCUCUACCUCACAGGUCCUUUGACAAAGAUAUGGAGCUGCAUGAAGACCCUAAACUGAAGACAGAGUCCAGGAACCCAACAGUUUCGCCGGGCAUCAUUCAACAUCUCUAUUUCAGACCUUUGCCAUCACUCCAUCAAGGGCCCAUUCGUGCAUCAGAUCGAGUGGAAGACCAUAUUUUUAGUCAUCUCCCUUUGCACUCCCAGCAGUUACCCAGGAGCCCUUGCCCGAUGAUCCCCAUUGGGGGCAUCCAAAUGGUCCAGGCGAGACCCAGCACCCACCCCAGUUUGGGGCAUGGAUCAGUGAUGUCCCUGCAGGCCAGCUACUUUGAACUCGGUGGUAGCACUUCUGAAUUCAGCCCUCGGAAAGCAUGGGGCAAAGAAACCCCCAACAGACACGAAGCUCCUCCUCCAUCGGCCACCUCGCCACUUCGAAGCGGCAUCCGCGUGGAGGAGAAAGCAAGGACUAGUGAGCUUCAGCAAACACGUACGAAGGAGGGAUACAGGGUAAAAAAGUGUAGUUCAGGAGAGCAGGAGAGCUGCACGGCCACCCCGAUGAGCUCUUGCUCAAAGGGGGAGUGUUCUCCAAAGCCUUUGGCUCACGGGGAAGGACCCUUCACCAAGAAGGGGAAGAAAUACGGCGGCAGCUCGUGCGCUACUUUCAAAUCCACCUGCGCUUUCAUUUCAAGCCUCCCCACGCAGCCACUGGACCGAAGCAACAGCAUGGACUGCUUGUUGGAACAUUCCUCCAGCCUGUCCACUCGCCGGCUCUCCACCAGGAGAAGGAACCUGUCCGGAGAGCCGGCCCCACAAGCAGGGGCCUACAGGAGAAGAAGUCCAUCCUUGGAACAUGCUGCAGGCUUUGGCUUAGGUCCAAACUGGGUGGAGAACAGUACAGGAAAUACUUAAGCCCUUGCUGGGCAACUUUUCAGAUGUUAAAACAACAGACCUUGGCCAGUGCUGUCGGUUUUAGAAUAAUCGUUGCUAAAUCUCUCUCUGGUGUAGAAAAAUCAUCAUCCUCCCUCCCUCCAUUUUACUUUCACAUUUACUUGUGCCUUUAUCAAUGCCCCCCUUUUUGUUGUG